GCACAGCAGCACGUAGACCCGCAGCUGCCGGAUGUUGGAGGCUGUGGGAGCAGCAGAGGAGACACGGAGCGUCAGCUGUGGACAUUAGAGGAGUCAAACCGAGACAUUUCGAUUCAGGAUCUUCUGACAGGACGAGAAGGAAAAUGCCUUCUGGUUGUGAUGAGAAAAAUGGAGAAAACUGUGAAAGUCGAUCCAUAUAUGUCAACAAUCCCCAUCUGGAGUCCUUGAAAGAAGACAUUCUGUACCAUUUCAACUUGGGCACGUCCUCCCAUGACUUAGCAGCCCAGUUUGGAGACGUCAAAUUUGUGUGUGUUGGCGGGAGUCCGUGGAGGAUGAAGUCCUUCAUUAAGUACAUUGCCGGAGAGCUGGGCCUGGCUGGUCCUGAUGCAGAGUACCCGAACAUCUGCGAGGGCACUGACCGCUACGCCAUGUACAAAGUGGGACCUGUGCUGUCUGUUAGCCAUGGCAUGGGCAUCCCCUCAAUCUCUAUAAUGUUACACGAGCUCAUCAAGCUCCUGUACCACGCGCGCUGCACCGACGUCACUGUAGUGCGCAUCGGGACCUCGGGUGGACUAGGUUUGCAGCCGGGCACCGUCGUGGUCACUAAGCAGUCGGUGGACGCCACGUUCCUGCCCCGCUUUGAGCAGGUGGUUCUGGGUAAGCCGGUGGUGAGGAGCACUGACCUGGAUGAAGAUUUAGCGGAGGAGCUGCUGCAGUGUGGAAAAGAGCUCGCGGAGUUCGAGACGGUCAUCGGGAACACCAUGUGCACAAUGGACUUCUACGAAGGUCAGGCUCGCCUGGACGGAGCGUUCUGUUCCUACACUGAAGAGGAUAAGCAGAACUACCUGGCGGAGGCGUACGCUGCCGGAGUCCGCAACAUCGAGAUGGAGUCCUCUGUUUUUGCUGCUAUGUGCAAACUCAGUAACCUGCGAGCCGCUGUGGUCUGUGUGACUCUGCUGGACCGUCAGAAAGGAGAUCAGCUGACCAGCUCUCACGACAUCCUGCACAGCUACCAGCAGCGUCCCCAGAUCCUCGUGGGCCAUUACAUCAAAAAGAAUCUCAACGCCUCCAAGAAAAAAUAAACAACCUCUUUUACUGUAGGGCUGUGGAAUGUAAGUCACACCAAAGCCUCCGGUGUAGGUCGAUUUAGUUUCAUUUUAAGUUCAUCUUAUGUUUAGAAUUUACGCUGUAACCUCAGAUUAGCCUCCUCACCCGAACACGGCAUACACAAGCACUUGAAUGUAGUUUAUUAUUAUUUGUUUUACACUUUUUUUAUUUGUUUGACCCUAUUUUAAAAAAGUAAUAUUAUAAAAUCUAUAAUAUGUUCGGUUUCAUUAACUGUUAAGUUAUAAAAUCUGUAUUAUUAUUAUUAUUACAGGGAUGAAGACGUCCAAAGGUUCUGUUCACUAUGCACUAAAACUCUGUAGUUAAAGUUAAAAUGUCACCAGCAGUUGUACAUUUACUGUCUAGAGUCUAGAUCAGGUCUCAAACUCUGAGGUUGGUCCGGUUGAAAAAAAUGCAAAGACAUAAAGUGUCCGGUGUUUUUUUAUUGUAAUUUUAACUGCAUAAUAUAUACAGUCGUUUAUAUGUUACAAAUGAAAGUUUAUAUACAAAUGUUUUGCCAGCCACUUCAGUUUUAUACCAGAUAUUCUGUUGUCAGUAAAUACACAUUUUCUAUCAUACGACUAAUAAACUAAUAAUGAUAAUGAUAAUAAUAAUAAUAAUAAUAAUAAUAAUAAUAAUGUCCCAAAAACUGUAGCUCAAAUUGCCCCUAGUUUUGUUUCUAUUGAAUUUGUUUAGCUUCCUCAUAUAUUCUUUAUUCUUUUUCAGCUGCUAUGACCAUGAUUUAAGAUAAAUCCUUCACCUACAACACUGAUAAUAUCUGUAAUAUUGAAAUUACCUACAUUGAAGGUUGUAUGUUAUUGAUUAGAAAUGCAUUCAAAGGAUUGUUUCAUAAAAUGGCUUUAAUUCACAACUAUUAAAUAUAUGGAUGGUGAUAAUAUACUUGGUAUUUUAUUGUAUUAGUGUUUGAGAUA